AAAAAGAAAAACGGAAAGCAGAAAGAAACGAACGACGGACGCGGUAUUACCGCAAACCUUUGUUCAUCAUCUGGAAAACGUCAGUUCCAUCAUUUCGGGUCCUUCUUUAUCCAUUUUCCCUUCGCUGUGCUCUAUUAAUGGCGGAGAUCCAUAUUUGCUUCACAUCUCUCCUAUUUCCUCGAAUUCAGAAAGAAUAAAAUUUUAAUAACAGAAAGUCCAAACCUUUUCCCCCUCUAUUAUUAUUUUACUUUACUGCUCCCGUAAAAGCAAGUCUCUCCAGUCUCUCUCUUCCUGCUCUGGAAUUCUUUGUGAUGUGCAGUGGAGAAGUAGAACCCAGAAAGGGGACUACAUGGAUUCGCUAAAGCUGAGCUUCGUGAUCAGUUUAUCAGCUCUACUUUCGCUCGUUUGUUGCUCCUAUCCUGCCUCGGCAGGGGAUAUAGUUCAUCAUGAUGCUUUAGCUCCAAAGAAGCGUGGCUGCGACAAUGACUUCAUCUUGGUGAAAGUUCAAACUUGGGUGAAUGGUGAAGAGGAUGCUGAAUUUGUAGGUGUAGGUGCUAGAUUUGGCACUGUCAUUGUGUCCAAGGAGAAAAAUGCUAACCAGACUCGUCUUACUCUUUCGGAUCCACGGGAUUGCUGUGAACCGCCUAAGAACAAGCUUGUUGGAGAUGUAAUCAUGGUUGACAGAGGCGGUUGCAAGUUCACUGCAAAAGCCAACAAUGCAGAGGGUGCUGGUGCUUCUGCUAUCCUUAUUAUAAACAACCAAAAAGAACUUUACAAGAUGGUUUGCGAACCCGAUGAAACAGAUCUAGAUAUACACAUACCUGCUGUUAUGCUGCCCCAGGAUGCUGGUGUGACAUUGGAAAAAAUGCUAUUGACUAAUGAUUCAGUGUCUGUGCAGCUUUACUCUCCUAAGAGGCCUAUAGUUGAUAUAGCUGAGGUCUUCCUAUGGUUGAUGGCUGUCGGCACUAUCUUGUGUGCUUCCUAUUGGUCAGCUUGGAGUGCCAGAGAAGCUGCUACCGAGCAAGAUAAGCUAUUGAAGGAUGCUGCGGAAGGAAUUCCCAAUCAAAGAUCUGAGCUCAAUAGUGUUGUAGACAUUAGUACAACCACUGCCGUGCUGUUUGUUGUGGUCGCUUCAUGCUUCUUGGUCUUACUUUACAAACUUAUGUCAUACUGGUUCAUUGAGCUUUUGGUAGUCCUUUUCUGCAUAGGUGGGGUAGAGGGUUUGCAAACUUGUUUGGUUGCUUUGUUGUCAAGGAAUAGGUGGUUCAGGCGUGCUGGGGAAUCAUUUAUCAAAGUACCUAUUCUGGGAGCGGUCUCAUACCUAACACUGGCUGUGUCCCCAUUGUGCAUUACUUUUGCUGUGGUCUGGGCUGUUUAUCGGAAUACUCCAUAUGCUUGGAUAGGACAAGAUAUUCUUGGGAUUGCUCUGAUACUCACCGUUCUACAGAUUGUCCAUGUACCCAAUCUCAAGGUUGGCACUGUUCUUCUCAGUUGUGCGUUCUUAUAUGACAUCUUCUGGGUGUUUGUCUCUAAGAAGCUGUUCCACGAGAGCGUCAUGAUUGUGGUAGCUCGUGGUGAUAAGAGUGGAGAGGAUGGCAUCCCAAUGCUGUUAAAGAUACCACGUCUCUUUGAUCCUUGGGGUGGUUACAGCAUUAUAGGGUUUGGUGACAUACUUCUACCUGGAUUACUUGUAGCCUUUGCAAUCAGGUAUGAUUGGUUGGCGAACAAGACUCUUAGAGCUGGAUAUUUCUUGUAUGCCAUGUUGGCUUAUGGGCUAGGCCUUCUGAUUACAUACAUUGCACUCAACUUGAUGGACGGGCAUGGCCAGCCAGCUCUUCUCUACAUUGUUCCUUUCACCCUCGGAACAUUUUUGGCACUGGGGAAGAAGAGAGGCGACCUUGCUGUUCUAUGGACGCAGGGGCAACCAGAGAGACUUUGCACUCACGUCCAUCUCCAACAGAGCGAUGAAGCAGAUAGUGGCGAAGAAAGGUGAAGAAGAUGAAGCUUAGUUUGUAUUGUAACUUGUAAGUAAAUAUGAUGUAAUCUUAUGUAGCAAUUUUCAUAGUAUUAAAUUAUUGUUUAGGGCCGAUUUCGGAACUGGUAUAAAUGAAGCAGUUGGCCUAAAGGGUCCAAGCUGCUUCCUAGGUAAUUUGUAACUGUAGAAAAUGUUACCACAAACAUGGACCAUUUGAGCUGACUUGUUAUUUCACCGAUUGAUGUAGUGCUGUAUCAACUCUUGAUUUGCUUUCCUUACAUUAGUGGGCAGUAGUGUCUCCUUGAAGACG